AAUUAAAUUUUGUUUUAAAAUAACAAUCCAACGAAACUCCCUUUUCACCACAGCAGCGGUUCUCAUUCUGAUUUUGAUUUUCCUUAAUCCAAAAUCAUGAAACGAAUCGCCGCCACGGAUAUCGAAACCUUACGAGUUGUUUCAAGGCAAAAUUAUUUGAAACUAAGACAGGAAAGGAAAUUACAACAACUCAAAGAUGAGGUUGAAGAUGAUCGAUAUUUGUUCGAAGGAAUUCCUAUUUCUGAAUCUGAAUACCGCCAUAUCAUGUACAAGAAAGAGAUGUGCGAUCUACUUUUUGCUGAGAAGAAUAAAGAAUUAGAGAAUAAUCAUCAUGAUUACUAUAGAAUGCCAGAAGCUUAUGACGAUCAACAAAGUGCCGCCGUUAAUCAGGAAAAGAGAUUUUCUGUCGCAAUGCAGCAUUAUUAUGAUGAUGAUCAUAAAGAAGAAGCUUGGGAGGAUUAUCAGAUUAGAAAGGCAUUGUUGAAAUAUGGUUCCAAUGAUAUAAGAAAAGUCUCCGAUGACUACCAACUUAUUUUUGAGGACAAGACUGAUUUCAUUAAGGCCGAGAUGAUGGACGGCUAUAAAAACAACUUAGAGAUGGCAUUUGAAAAAUCAUCGAGAGCUAAGAGGCCGGUUCUGCAAGAGGAGAGGAAAAAGCUACCUAUAUAUGCUUUUCGAGAUGAGUUUCUACAAGCCGUUAAUAAUCAUCAAGUAAUCGUCAUUGUUGGUGAAACUGGUUCCGGUAAGACUACACAGAUUCCCCAGUAUCUUCAAGAAGCCGGUUAUACAAAGAAUGGAAGAAUGAUUGCGUGUACUCAGCCACGUCGUGUUGCUGCUAUGAGCGUGGCUGCUCGAGUUUCUCAAGAAAUGGGGGUAAAACUAGGGCAUGAGGUUGGUUACUCUAUACGUUUUGAGGAUUGCACGUCUGAGAAGACCGUUGUUAAAUAUAUGACGGAUGGAAUGUUGUUGAGGGAAUUCCUUGCUCAGCCUGAGUUGGAUAGUUAUAGUGUUGUGAUGGUGGAUGAGGCUCAUGAAAGAACACUUUCAACUGAUAUUUUGUUUGGAUUAGUUAAGGAUGUUGUUCGUGCCCGGCCUGAUCUUAAGUUGUUGAUAUCAAGUGCUACUCUUGAUGCAGAGAAGUUCAGUAACUACUUUGAUCUUGCUCCGAUAUUCAAAAUUCCAGGGAGACGGUAUCCUGUUGAAAUACACUACACCAAAUCACCAGAAGCUAACUACUUGGAUGCUGCUGUUGUCACGGCGCUUCAGAUUCAUGCCACUCAAUCUCCUGGAGAUAUAUUGGUAUUCCUUACUGGUCAAGAAGAAAUUGAAACCGUAGAACAAAUAUUGAAGCAUCGGGUUAGAGGUUUGGGGACUAAAAUAGCCGAGUUGAUUAUAUGUCCGAUAUAUGCCAAUCUGCCAACUGAACUACAAGCUAAAAUAUUUGAACCCACACCUGAAGGGGCUAGAAAGGUAGUCCUUGCCACCAAUAUUGCAGAAACGUCGUUGACAAUCGAUGGGAUCAAGUAUGUCAUUGAUCCCGGAUUCUGUAAGAUGAAAACUUACAAUCCAAGGACCGGAAUUGAGUCUUUACUGGUUACUCCCAUCUCGAAAGCUUCAGCAAUGCAAAGAGCUGGUCGGUCGGGAAGAACAGGCCCUGGUAAGUGCUUUCGAUUGUAUACUUCACACAGUUUUCAAAAUGAUUUGGAUGAUAACACUUCACCCGAAAUACAACAGACCAACCUUGCAAAUGUAGUGCUAACUUUAUAUAGUCUUGGCAUUGAGUAUGAGAAGUUGUUGCGUUUUGAAUUUAUGGAUCCUCCACCAGCUGAUGCUAUAAAGAAAGCCAUGGAGCUUUUAUAUAAUCUAGGCGCUUUAAAUGGGCAGGGCAAGUUAACUAAGGUAGGCAGACGAAUGGCAGAGUUCCCACUUGAUCCUAUGUUGUCAAAAAUGAUUGUUGCAUCAGAAAAGUACAAGUGUUCCGACGAGAUCAUCUCCAUUGCUGCUAUGCUUUCUGUUGGAAACUCAAUAUUCUACCGUCCGAAGGAUAAACAAGUACACGCAGACAAUGCACGAAUGAAUUUUCACACCGGUGAUGUUGGUGACCACAUUGCUCACCUAAAUGUAUACAAUUCAUGGAAAGAGAAUAAUUAUUCAUCACAAUGGUGUUAUGAGAAUUAUAUACAAGUACGGAGCAUGAAACGUGCAAGGGAUAUUCGGGAUCAGCUUGGAGGUCUAUUGGAGAGGGUUGAGAUUGAAUCAACCUCAAAUUCCAAUGAUUUAGAUGCCAUUAAGAAAUCCAUAUUAUCUGGAUUUUUCCCACACGCUGCAAAGCUGCAAAAGAAUGGUACUUAUGGAAGGGUUAAACAUCUACAAACGGUUCACAUACAUCCUAGUUCGGGGCUGGCAGAGGUUGUUCCUAGAUUGGUUUUGUACCAUGAACUAGUACUCACAACCAAGGAAUAUAUGAGACAGGUCACAGAGAUAAAGCCAGAGUGGUUGUUGGAGAUAGCCCCUCACUAUUACCAGCUCAACGACGUUGAAGACUCGAGUUCUAAGAAAAUGCCCCGUGGACAUGGACUUGCACACUAGGAGGUUGAAUGAGGACAUAUACUCUACUUGUUUUGUUUAAUCAAAAGGGUGAAGCUUUAUUGAUUAUUUUUUGCAAAUUAUUUACUGUAUACUAAUUAUUACAUACUCAAAUCUCUCUGAUAUUGAUGAUUCAUUUAUCCAUAUAGACAGUAACAGGGUUUUCAAACCAGAAUAGAUAAAUCUAUUCCCUCAAACACAGGGAAUUACUGAAGAACUUCAGCAAUCAAAGGUUAUGUUCUUCAUAAACUGUAUUUAAAUAUCUAUGCAGUUUCCAAAGGUAUGUUUUAAAUUCAAAGAUAUUGACUGAACUACUGGCUGUUUUCUUUGGCCACAAUUGGUUUGUGUAUAUUGAUAGUUGUUUCUGGUCCUCCUAUUGACUUGGAAUUUUAAAUUGGUGUUUUUUGUAUCACAGUGAACAUACCAUUCUAAUCAAAAUUCUGAUUUUCUGCUUUUCUUGUAGGUAGAACAAAGUUUAGAUUAUUCUUUUUUAAUUAAAAUCCAACAUGUACUUGUGAAUUUACUGUUAUUUUACAUAAAUAUACAGUUAUUGAUCAGUUUAGAACUUUUAACUGUACACCAAUUUCA